AUGGCACCAGAGCCUCCGCAGCAGCGGUUGGCAAAACAUCUCGACAUCCCCAUAGUAGCCACAACCCAGAACGCCGCACGCCUCGGCGACACAGUCAAGGAAAUCGUCUCUCAGCUCCCAGAGAAACACCUCCUGCACGACAAAACGCUCUUCUCGAUGUUGACGCCCACUGUUCAGGAAGCGUUGCAGCCGAACACGAGUGUGAUAAUAGUUGGCAUCGAGACACAUAUUUGUGUGACCCAGACUACUCUUGACGCGCUGGCCGCUGGACACAAAGUUUAUGUGCUUGCGGACGGCGUCAGCAGCUGCAACAAAGAAGAAAGAGGUAUCGCUCUUGACCGCUUGAGGGCCGAGGGCGCGGUCGUGACGAGUUCGGAGAGUAUCAUGUGA